AUGCCGCCAAUGGUGCCGUCUCACUCGCGCACCACGGCAGCCGAAGGAUGUCUGGGACGCCGUAAUCCAUCCCACUUGUGCACAUCAUCUCGAGGCUCCUUUCGUGGCUUCUCCACCCUUGUCGUGCGUCUCGCUCGCACGCCCAACAGGGGUGGGAUUCGCGCCCGAUCCCACCGAAAUUCAAUUGUCCUCAAUUGGAUUUCCCAAACACUGCACUCAGUUCCGCCAGAGACACGGGCUCGUGAGCACGCUCCUCGACAAACCCCCGACACGGAAAGCAGGGCAGAGUUUGCUCAUUUGCCAGCCACGAUUGUUCCGCGGACGUGUGAAGCAAUUAACACGUGGCGAAAUGACCGUGCGUGCCUCCAUGUGAACAUGUCCACGGCCUUCCUCGUCGACAAUAUCCUCAAUGACAAGGAGGAGCAGGCGGACUCGGUGUCGGACACGGAAUCGGAGACCACGUCGACGGACCUGAAGGACUCACUGUGCGACUCGCCCACGCGCUCAGACAUGCAGCUGAGCCAUCAGCCGGAGGAGCGCCUCGGCCUGUCCGAGGACCUCCUCAGGACCUACACGAUGCUCAACGGCCGGAUGGCCCUGGAGGUGUGCUGCGCCAAGUGCGGCCACUUCACGCGGCGCGCCAUGGACAGUGACACGCACGAGGAGUUCAAGUGCGACAAGUGCGGCGCGGCGGAGUUUGUCAACGGCAAAGAGACCAUCCUCAAGGAGACCGCCAAGCCAGUGCUCAAGUUCAGUGUAUCUGCGAUCUUAGGUGAUAAGAAGGACUGUGUCAAAGUUAGAAAUGAAUUCAUCCAACCGCAUAUCUGGCCUUACAUUCAACAUAAUUUAAUCCACCACAACCAAUUAGCGAAUCCAGGCUUCCUCGUGAAUGGCAAUCAGCAGCAGCACAUUGUGGGCGGCGAGGGUGAGCCUCACCCCUUGGCGGCGCCGCACCAGAACGGGCUCCAGCAUCCCGCCAACGGCACGGACGCGGACGAGGCGCGCCUCCAGCACUCGCGCGACAAUAAAGUCAUCGCGAAGCCGCUGGCCAGCCGCCCCACACCCUUCCUCCACCACGGCCUCAACCACCCGCAUCUGCACUCCCUCCUGGCGCACUGCCGGAACCCCUACAUGGGAGGUGGCAGCGGACCGCAGGUGUUUCCCCUGCCUCCGGGCCAGGGCUUCCCGUGGGCGCACUCCACGCGAGGGAAGCCCCGCCGGGGGAUGAUGCGCCGGGCGGUGUUCUCAGAUUCUCAGCGAAAGGGCCUGGAGAAGAGGUUUCAGAUGCAGAAGUAUAUCAGCAAACCGGACAGGAAGAAGCUCGCAGAGCGUCUAGGACUCAAGGAUUCGCAGGUGAAGAUUUGGUUCCAGAAUCGCCGCAUGAAGUGGCGCAACUCCAAGGAGCGCGAGCUGCUGGCCAGCGGCGGAUCUCGCGACCAGACGCUGCCCAACAAGAACAACCCCAAUCCCGAUCUCUCGGACGCGCGCUGCGACAGAACCACGUCGCUGUCGCCGCCGUCGUCGCCGGCGGACGGCGCGCACCAGAGCGCCUCGCCGAAGGCUUCCCAGGGCGAUCAGCUGAAGCCCAAGUUCGAGAUGGCGCCCAAGUCGCCGGCCACAGACUCUGGCGACGGCUUCAAGUUCGACUUCGCGGAAGACGCGCGUCUGCAGCGGCCGCAAGUCUUCGGCAGCUUCUACGAGCACGGCGACAGUUCCGGCUUCAACGGAUCCGCUCCGCUCCUGGCCGACGGCGGCGAGGACAAGGCCAAGAUGUCCUCCUUCUACGACGAAUACGAGUCAAACUCCGACAGCGACGAGGAGAUCAAUGUAACGUGACUGGAUUGAGUGACCAAAAAAAAAUGAGUGGAAAAAAACUCUCCCAAAUGAUUUUGAGUGUUGGCAGAGAUAAGAAAAAAUCAUGUAGAGUGUUUUUUUUAGCAAGAAAAACAUCGAACAUUUCACAGUUUAUUUUGUACAUAAUGGGAAAAUAUAUAUUAUCAAUGUGUCUUGUAA